AUGGAUCAUACUAAAAGAAACAUUCUCCAAAACAUCCACGAAGAAAUGGUCAAAGGUACGUUCAAUGACCUUGACAUUGUCUGUGAGAAUGGGACAACAAGUGCAAACCGUUUGGUCCUGGCCGCGAUGUCAUCUUACUUCCGGGCAAUGCUGACAUCAGACAUGACAGAGAGUCGGACGGGGAUCUUAAAUCUGCCCACUGUCUCGUUGUCGGUGUUCCAGAAUAUUCUCAAGAUGUCUUUGUGUUCAGUGGAUCUUGUAAACGAAGACAACUGCGUCAAAAUGUUAGACGCAUGCGAAAUGAUGCAGCUUGAUGACGUCAAAAAUCUGUGUCAUCGUUAUCUUAAGGAAAGCCUACUGAUCACUACCGAUAACUGUCUACACUGGUGGAGACUUAUGAAUCGCUACAAUGUUCCCGAUUUGUCCAACAGGGCAUUAUCUUAUCUGAUUGAAAAGUUGACCGACUUUGUUGAAACAGGAAAUAUUGUUCAUUUGUCAAGGACAGAACUUUUAGAAAUAUUGUUCAAAGAUGACUUGAAAUGUAAAGAAGACGUCAUUAUGAAAGGUGUCAUGAAGUGGGUUGAAGCAAAUAACCCGGAUGCAGAUGACGUAAAACGUAUCUUUGAAAUGACCAGGAUUGAUCUUGUUGAUCCACAGUUCCUCAUUGAAAAUGUUGUUUUUUCUAAAUUCAUUUCUGAUAAUAACUGUGUGCAGCAAAUGAUAAAAAAUGUGCAGUGUUCAGAAUAUCUGACAACAGGUUGUCACAGCAGAUAUGUAUUUCAUAACAGACGUGUAGAUGUUUUCGUGUUACAUCACAACAAAACUUCACUUCUGUCUUGUUUUACACCAGAAGGGACAUGGAAAGACGUUCCGCCUGCUCCAGUAGAUCCUGGAUGGUGGUAUUCAGCAGCAAGUCUAGGCAACAAGAUCUACAUCACUGGUGGUGAGAGUAGAAGAAAAUGUACACUCGUUUACGACGUCUGUAGAAGAGAGUGGGAAACAGGUCCAGAUCUCGAAGAACAACGUCAUUGGCACUGCAUGGCCACAGCUAAUUCUAAAGUGUAUGCAAUUGGUGGCGAGUACAGCAACACGAUUGAAGUGAUGAGCGAGAAUGGCACACGCUGGCAGGUUGUUGGAGAUUUGAAACAGAACAGAGAGCUUGCAUUCGCUGCUACAGUUGGACACAACAUUCUGGUGAUGGGUGGACAGAGUGGAGAAAGUGGAUCAGAUGUUAUCCAGUGUUUCAAUACAGCAACUCGCUGUGUGUCUAACCUCAGAUCACGUUUACCAUACAGAUCGAUGUGUCUGAGAGGUUCGGUUCACCUCCCUGAUGUAUAUCUGCUGGACUAUGAUGGAAAUGUGAUGCACAUCCAGGUCACUGGCAGUGAUGGUGAAAUUAAGAUUCAAGUCAAGUCAACAGCGAAAUGGCGAUCAUUUGAAUAUUGGUUUGGCGUAUUAUGGCAGAUCGGAGGCUUGUUGUCCUUCAGUGGCUGCGAAACUAACUGUGAAAUUAGAAAAUACAACAUGGUUGAAGGGAAAGACGACAAUAUUACUUUUCUAAAAUCAACAAGAAGUGGUGAUGUGUAUGGUGUUCUGCCAGUGUAUCACAGCGCAUAA